UUCACAAAAACAUGAGAUAAUUUUGCUAAAGAUACAGCUAAACAUCGAGAUUAUUGCUGUAAAUCAUGGACCAAGAGAACCUGGAGACCACUAUCCCCCACAUAAAAACAGCAAGAUAAAAAUAUGUUGCAGAUCUAGGACACGAGUGUGGAAACCAUUUGUCUCGUGUGUGUGUGUGUGUGUGUGUGUGUGUGGAGGUACUGUACACCUGAUAGAUGCGUACGUCACUCUACAGACAAGACGCAAAGGGAGCAGUCCGCUCUUGCUUAGCGGAGGACAUCGAAGGGGUUGAAGACUAAAAUAAGACCCAGUAAGAAGAGGGGGGGAUCCGAUACGACGAGGUGGGAGGGUAACAGAUCGCCAUGGCUCCAUUCUUGAGGAUUGCUUUCAAUGCCUUCGACCUGGGUGCCCUGCCCCCACUGCCUAAAGAGCCCUUCUGUGCCAUAAAUCUGAAAGAGUCCCUGAUCACAGAGCGAGGGAAGACCCUAGUGCAGAAGAAACCCACCAUGUUCCCACCUUGGAAGUCCACAAUCGAUGCCCACAUCUAUGAGGGGCGUGUCCUUCAGGUGCUGCUGAUGAAGACCAAUGAGGAGUCACUGUCGGAGGUCUCUGUGGGCGUGUCUGUGCUCGCCGAGCGCUGCAAGAAGGGCAAUGGCCGUGCUGAGUUCUGGAUGGACAUGCAGCCCACAGGGAAGGUCAGGAUGGAAGUUCAGGUCUUCUCGGAUGAAAAUGAUGCUGAGUCUGUGAAGCACUCACUGAAGGAGGCAGCUGGGGAAGUGGCGACACUGAACCGACGACGAGGCGCCAUCAAGCAGGCCAAGAUCCAUUACAUCAAGCAGCACGAGUUCAUCACAACCUUCUUCAAGCAGUUUACCUUCUGCUCUGUGUGCCGGGAGUUUGUCUGGGGACUCAAUAAACAAGGCUACAAGUGUAGACAAUGCAAUGCGGCCAUACACAAGAAGUGCAUCGACAAAAUAAUAGGGCGAUGCACAGGAACGGCGACCGACAGCCGGGACACCAUGUUCCAGAAGGAGCGCUUCAAGAUCGAUAUGCCCCACCGCUUCAAGGUUAACAACUACAUGAGCCCCACCUUCUGUGACCACUGCGGCAGCCUGCUGUGGGGUAUCGUCAAGCAAGGCCUCAAGUGUGAAGAGUGUGCAAUGAACAUCCAUCAGAAGUGCCAGACCAAAGUGGCCAACAUGUGUGGGGUUAACCAGAAGCUCCUCGCCGAGGCACUCAAUCAAAUCAGCAAGAAACCCAACAUGUUUGACAGUGGGAUCUAUCAGGAAGCCUGUGCUGAUAUACCCAGCAUCAGUCCUGAGCCCACCCCCGUAACCACCCCAAGCCACAGCAAGCGCUUUGGGAUAGACAACUUUGUGUUCCACAAGGUGCUUGGAAAGGGGAGCUUCGGCAAGGUCAUGCUGGCGGAGUUGAAAGGGCACGGUGAGUUCUUCGCAGUGAAGGCUCUGAAGAAGGACGUGGUGCUGAUGGAUGAUGACGUGGAGUGCACCAUGGUGGAGAAGAGAGUGUUGUCCCUGGCCUGGGAGUACCCCUUCCUCACACACGUGUUCUCUACCUUCCAGACAAAGGAACACCUGUUCUUUGUCAUGGAGUACCUGAACGGAGGAGACCUGAUGUUCCACAUACAGAGCAAGGAGCGCUUUGACCUGCAGAGAGCCACGUUCUAUGCUGCAGAAAUAACCUGUGGGCUCCAGUUUCUGCACUCCAAAGGAAUAGUCUACAGGGACCUGAAACUGGACAAUGUGAUGCUGGACCGUGAUGGACACAUUAAGAUUGCUGAUUUCGGGAUGUGCAAGGAGAAUAUGUUUGGGGAGAAUUAUGCCACAACGUUCUGUGGAACGCCUGACUACAUUGCACCGGAGAUCCUCCAGGGUAAAGCAUACACCUUUUCAGUGGACUGGUGGUCAUUCGGGGUGCUGGUUUUUGAGAUGCUGAUUGGUCAGUCGCCCUUCCAUGGAGACGAUGAGGAUGAGCUCUUUGAGGCGAUUCGCAAGGACACCCCACGCUACCCAACCUGGAUCACCAAGGAGUCCAAGGACCUGAUGGAGAAGCUGUUUGUGAGAGAGCCGAGCCAAAGGCUGGGUGUUGUCGGAAACAUCCGCAUGCACCCCUUCUUCAGGACCAUCAACUGGACAGCCCUUGAAAAAAGGCAGAUAGAACCCCCCUUCAAGCCAAAAGUGAAAUCUCACAAUGACUGCAGCAACUUUGACCGGGAGUUCCUGUGUGAGAAGGCCCGCCUCACCCACGGCGACAAGAGCUUCAUCGACUCCAUGGAUCCAAAGGCGUUUGCUGGCUUCUCCUUCGUCAAUCCCAAGAUGGAGCAGAUCCUGCAGAAGAGGAAAUAAUUGGCAGACUGCACUAAAGGCAGUUGGACACUCCUCUAUUCACUCAGCAGGAUAAGUGGGCAAGAUAUGGUGGAUGGGAUGGUAAUUCUGGAGAUGCGUACUGUACUCUAUAUUCAGUGUGUGCGAGGGCCCAUUUGUCAUGGUAUUUGUUUUCCUCACACUCAAACUUGAACGAAUGAAAAGGAGUGAAAUGAUUGACAUACUCUAUUUUAUUUUUGCGAUUGUCAUGUGAUUCUUUUUUUUAAAACAUUCAUUCCCGCCCCCCGUCCCCUCCCACAUACACACACAAAAACAGAAACAAAACAUGAUUUUGGCAGGGGUAAAGUACUAUAUUAGCAUAUCUAACCUUUUACAUGCUGGGAUGGGUGUGAAUAGUCAUAGAUAAUGAUGUGGUGGGUGGGUUAAGAGGAGUAGCUGGGGUGACCAUGAUUGGAUCCAAGGAGUGUGGAAGGCUUUGUCUGCAUGUGUUUAUUUCUCUGUGCCUGUUUGCGUGUAUGCAAGUGUGAUUGAAUAUCUUUAAACAUAUAUGAUGAUAUGUUAACAAGAACAAGUAGGAAACCACAGUGGGAAAGAAAUGUGCCAGUGGCACAGAUAUUGUUACACCAUCGUCACCUUGUCCUGAUCACAAGAAGCACAGCUUACUCUAACCAGAAAUCUAUAGCCAUUUUCCUGUCCAGAACCAAGCCUCUGCUCCAAACACUUGGUAUAAUAUUGCAUUUAUAUACAAAGAAGGCCAUGUGCACCAGGUACCUGCCCAACCUAUAGUACACACCUUGCACAGGCAGACUGCAGACUUCUGUGGAAUGCAGUAGAGACAGCCCUGUGACUGAAACGCUGCGCCCAGUCAGCACUGGUACGGUCAUUGCUCGACUCCAGCCGAUAAGGCCAGUUUACAUUCCAGCGUCAGAGCAUUGCUUUGACCGAUGACAAGAAAUGGAUGUUGUUGUUCACGACAACCACAGCUGGAUAUGCCACCAUUGAGCUCUCCAGAAAUGUAUAUUCCAGAAGUGUUGGGCUCCUCAUAGAGGACAUUUGUCCAAAAUAUAGCCUUACCCAAGCCUUUCUAUCUAGUCCAGUUGUUCCCAAUCAAAGUGAGAUGGCAUAACGAAUGCCAUGAGCUGUAUGGUGGUUGCUUUUCCACGGAGGAUGACACUGACAGUAUAAACUUAAACACUGCACUGCUCAGUUAAAUACCAUUAUUUUGAAAAAUGUUAAUAAUAGCUCAGUUAUAUUACAAUGUAUGCAAGACUACAUUUUAAUAAGGAGUGGAUCACAGUAGAUGGAUUCACUUAUUAGCUGAGCAUUACAAUUAGAUGGUUUGGCUUAAUUUUGAAUUCUUCAGAGCAGCUAGGGUAUUCUCUUAUUGGCUACAUCUAACCGUAGUGUUUUGUUUAUGGGACAACUGUUGAGACUACACCAGCUAAUGGGCAUUUUCACUUGCAGUCACAUUGUACACUUUAUCAGUUAUGUUAUUAAAGAAAAUAAUUUUGGUCAAGUAGGUUUUAGGGAUAGGCUAGAAAUGUAUGUGUGGACAAUAGUACUGAAUGAGGGUAAUGAAACUAGAAGUUGAUUUUAAAAUGAAAAAAAGAAUGCCCAAUGUAUAUAAUGAUACAUUGUAUAUUAUGCUGACAAACAUUGGUGAGCUAUGGUUAGGCUUUUUUUUACUGUAUUUAUCUUUUUGCGUUUCUUAAUAUGAAUAAAUGCACAAUUUACUUCAAA